AUGUCCGAGUCCAACAAGAGUACAUUAUUCGGGUUGGUAUCUGCUAGAGAGACGAAUCAUGUGAGAUGCCAUAUGAUUCCCUUCUGUUUUUCUAUGCAGUUUGUGUAUGUCUUGGCAGUAUGUACCGAGAAAGAAAAGAACAUACACAGAAUGGGCAUCUUCAGGGACGAUCAAACGCGAUCAAAGCGAGAAACAAAGCUAGGAGGAAACAGAGCAGCACUCUUCGUAUAUGCUACGGAGGGGCUCGAGAACAUGGCGUUCAUCUCGAAUGCUGUAAGCCUGGUGACAUAUUUCUAUGGUUAUAUGAACUUCAGCUUAACAAAGUCGGCAACAACGCUCACAAACUUCAUGGGAACUGCUUUCAUACUAGCACUCUUUGGAGGAUUCAUCUCCGACACUUACUUGUCAAGAUUCAAGACUUGUGUCUUGUUUGGCAUCGUAGAAUUGCUGGGUUAUGGCCUUCUAGCAGUUCAAGCACAUUUCCACCAACUAAGACCAAUACCGUGCAAAGGUGCAGCACCAAGCCUAGCAAAUCAAUGUGAACCUGCAAAUAGUAGCCAAAGUGCCAUCCUUUUUACUGGCCUAUAUCUUGUUGCUUUUGGAACCAGUGGGAUUAAAGCAGCCUUACCAUCCCUGGGAGCUGACCAAUUCGACGAAAAGGAUCCCAAAGAGGCAGCCAAGUUGUCUAGCUUUUUCAACUGGUUCUUGUUCAGCCUCACCAUUGGUGCUAUAAUUGGGGUGACUUUCAUUGUAUGGAUUAGUACCAACGAAGGUUGGGAGUGGUCAUUCGGAAUCUGCACCAUAGCUCUCUUGUUUGCUAUCAUCUUUGUAUGCAUGGGGAAGUCGCUGUACCGGAAUAAUGUACCUAAUGGGAGCCCCCUUAUUCGUAUUCUACAGGUCUUUGUUGCUGCUAUUAGAAACAGAAAACUUCCAAUACCAGAGAAGGCAGAGGAACUACAUGAAAUCCAUGACAAGGAAGCUGAUCUGCAGAGUGAAAUUCUAGAGAGGACUGACCAAUUCAGAUUCUUGGACCGAGCAGCAAUUGUGAGUAAUAGUGCAGAAGUUGCAACAUCAAAUAACACAGGACGCUGGAGCUUGUGCACAGUUACACAAGUUGAAGAAGCAAAGAUACUAAUACGCAUGCUACCAAUUAUACUGAGCACCGUUUUCAUGAACACGUGUUUGGCUCAACUCCAGACUUUUUCAAUUCAACAAAGCAACACGAUGGACAGACAUAUCCUGGGAUUUGAGGUUCCCGGCGCCUCCAUUCCUGUAAUUCCCCUGUUAUUCAUGUUCAUUAUGAUCCCACUGUAUGAGCGCGUAUUCAUCCCAUUUGCUCGAAAGAUAACUGGGAUCCCAACCGGAAUUCGACUACUCCAACGUGUUGGAAUCGGUCUAGUCCUCUCAGCUAUAUCAAUGGCAGUAGCUGGAAUCGUUGAAACCCGACGCAAACAUGUUGCCAUUGAACACAACAUGGUUGACUCUAAUGAGCCUCUUCCCAUUAGUGUGUUCUGGCUUGGUUUCCAAUACGCAAUAUUUGGAGCAGCUGAUAUGUUUACUUUGGUUGGACUGCUAGAAUUUUUCUAUGCUGAAAGCUCAGCCGGAAUGAAGUCAUUGAGCACAGCCAUCUCAUGGUGUUCCUUGGCAUUUGGGUACUUCUUGAGUUCAGUGAUUGUGGAAGUUGUUAACAAAGUGAGUGGUGGGUGGUUGGCUAGUAACAAUCUCAAUAGAGACAAGUUGAACUACUUCUAUUGGUUAUUAGCUCUUCUGAGUAUAGCGAACUUUGGAUUCUAUCUAGUUUGUGCAUCUUGGUAUAGAUAUAAGAAGGUGGGUGUGAAGCAAGUGAAGGACUCUGUUAGUGCUGAUGUCAAAGGGAAGAUGGAAAUGACCAGAGUGUAAGAAUUCUAGAGUUUGCAAGAGAUCCUACCCAAGGUUGGUUUUUGUGGCAAUUAUAUUUAUACCAUACAAAUAUUUUCUAUAAAUAAUAACUUACAUAUGCAAUAUGUAUUUUUCUUUCUUAAUUACUCCUAGCUUAAUUUCUUUGGAAAGAUCGAAAGUGGAAGGGCUGGAAAUUCAAUCAAUUCAAGAACUAAACAAUCCCACAAUUCAUCUGCAACAUUUGCUAAAACGUAUGAAGGAAGGAAACCACAAAAUUGAAUCAAAAAAUGAAAAGUUCACAGUUGAACCUGAACAUACGAGAGAAUAAUUAAUUAUGAUUAUGAAAUCAGUUCAAGAUUGACAACAAGUGGAGUAAAAAAAAACCGUAAAGAAAAUAAAAUCUCUGAUAAUAUAGUGUAAAUAAUCUAACUCAUAGCAAAGGAGAAGUAAGGAACCCAGCGCAGGCCGGCGAUGUAGACGGCUUCGUAGAGGAGUUUGCCGGUUAUGGCGAAGAUUGGCGGAUUAGUAGUGGAGGAGUUGGAGAACUGUACACGGUGCUGCGGUGACCAUCCCUGAUGGUAACAGAAGAGUUGCAAAUCGCUAAGUAAAGAGGGCAGAGACUACUACAAGGCAACCAGUG